CAGCAUCGUUCGCUUCUCGCCCCUUCCGAAAUCCGAAUUUUCCCGAUUCCAAGGGUCCCCAUUUUCCUCCGCUUCCUCCUCUGCUCAGGAAUAUAGUUGGAGACGGAGCAAAGGGGAGAGGAGGGGAAAUAAAAUUCCAAAAUUUCGAAAACCGGCUCCCACAAGUACGGAUUGCAUCCCGUUUGAUUGUCUAGGAGUGCUCUGUCCAAGAUGAGCUCCGAGUCCGGGGACCUGCUCUGGAUCGACCCCAUCGAGCUCCGGUUCCCAUUCGAGUUGAAGAAGCAGAUCUCGUGCUCGCUGCAGCUGACGAACAAGACAGAUGAGCAAGUAGCGUUCAAGGUUAAGACGACGAGUCCAAAGAAGUAUUGUGUUCGGCCAAACAAUGGAAUUGUGGCACCGCGGUCCACAGCUGAUGUUGUUGUUACAAUGCAAGCACAGCGCGAAGCGCCACCGGACAUGCAAUGCAAGGACAAAUUCCUUGUUCAGAGCGCCAUUGUGGGCAAGGACAUCGCACUGAAGGAUAUCACCGGAGACAUGUUUACCAAAGAAUCAGGUAAUGUGGUUGAUGAAGUGAGGCUGAAGGUUGUUUACGUCACACCAUCCUCCAUAAAUGAGGGGUCAGAAGAUGGUUCUCUGGGCAGUUUGAGUUAUCAAGAGGCAACAAAAGAUUCUAAAGAACCAGAGAAAAUAACAUCUGAGCCAUUUGCUUUGAUAUCAAAGCUGAUGGAGGAGAAAAGUUCUGCUAUUGAACAGAACAACAAGCUCCGAGAAGAACUGGAUCUUCUAAGGCGUGACAUCAGCAGGCAGCACGGUGGUUUCUCAUUAGUUUCUCUACUGGCGGUUGCUAUUCUGGGAAUACUACUAGGCUUCCUCAUGAAGAGAUGAAUGUAGUCAUUUAUCUUGUUUGGCUUUUCUGUCGAGAAUUAAAAAAUGUACGUGUUCUCUGUCGUGCUAGCUAUUGUAUAACUCAUGGUCUGUUUAUCGUAGGAUCUGAUGCCUAUUGUAAUUCUCUAAUUCGUAUUAGAUACUUUAGCCAGUCAAUAAAUCAUCCGUGUCCCUAAAUAUUUGCUUUUAUCAGCUUGCUAGUGACCUGAGGUCUAGCCUAUUGUAUUGUGAAUUUUUUUGACUAAUUAUUUGCAUCCUUUUGCGCAUAUAAACAGAAUGGUUCCUUUGA